AUGGCUGCCAAUGGCACUGAUGUACCGAACAUGAAGCGUUUGGACGAGCAGAUAAAGGAAAUUUCAGAGUUUCCCACUUUUUGUGGUGGUUACGCGGACAUAUUUACUGGAGUUUGGCGGGGUGGCCGAGCUUCCUUAGCUCGUGGAGUUUGGACAGCUGGCGAAGCAAUCUCUGGCCGAAAUGUCGCUGUGGGCACCAUUCCCCCUCCUGAUUCACGAACACAGACGUGCAUCAAGGUGACCAUCAAGGUCUUUCGAGAUGUGCACAACAAGGCGGAUACUCCCGAAGCUCGGCAGAAGUAUGAGAAGCUUUUGAACAAUGAAUAUCGCGUUUGGGCAAGUCUUUGCCACACAAAUGUGCUUCCCCUGUUCGGCGUGAUCAAAGACCCAGCAAUCCCUUCCAUGGGCAUCGUGGCACCGCGCUGCACUUUCGGCGAUUUGCGCGCCUUUUUCUCUGACCCGACGAGAGCAUCAUCUGCCAACAGACUCGCCAUCGUGAAAGGAAUCGCGAAAGGCCUGAAAUACGUGCAUGGGAAAACAGUGGUUCAUGGUGAUUUGACGAUGGGUAACGUUCUCAUCGAGGUUAUUGAAGGCAUUGUCACGCCGCUUAUAUCUGAUUUUGGGCGAUCUCGGGUCCUCGAAGUAAAAGGCUAUACUUCCUCAAUUGCUAGUACGGUACAGCGGUCAGGGAGAUUUGUUUUGGAGCGCGAUCUUCAUGCUAAUCUGAAGAAAUAG